AGAGUAUUGUGGCUUACUGGUGUCCACCUUGGUGGACCAGGAGAGGCUCUUGUUAUGGGGUGGCCGGCAGGCGGUGCUUUGCUGCCGCUGCUGCUGCUGGCUUACGGCCUUGGGGAGCACCCAGUUCAAGGUAGCUCGAACAAAAAUGCCGUCUGCAACUUCGAGCAACUUGAAAAGUGUGCAGCAUGGCCUAUGAAGUGCAGAAAUAGAGCUUGUUGGAUGGUGGUGAAGGCGAAGAACGUCAGUGAAGGCCCUGCAACAGACCAUACCACGGGGAAAGAUGACGGAUUGUACGCUCGCGCAACGUUUCCUAGGACGCGACGGUGGAAACAGCGCCCAGCAGUGCUGGAGACAUCCGCCAGGGGCCCGUUAUGCUUUAUGGCCUGGCUGCACAUAUCCGCCUUGCAGCUUCCUGUCGUGCAAUUCACGUCAACUCCCGGAAGGCGGCCCAUACGGAAACGUUACUUGGACACACGGAUCUUCCUAAGAGGCCGAAUGAGUGAAAUGGGACUCUGGCAAAAGGUGGUCUAUUACGACGAUCGUGGCGAUGCCCUAAAGAUUCAACUUCAGUCUACAUUCACCGAUGGCACUGUGGCUGUAGACGACCUUUCCAUAACGCCAGGAAAAUGCCCAGAGCCUUCGCAAGACGGUUCCUGCACGUUUGAAACUUCAGGCUGCGGCUACACGAAUGAGCCGGGCAACCAGGAGGGACAUGUGUGGCGGCGACGGCUUCCAUGGCAAAGUAUCUCGGAAGACAUCCCUCUUCAGGAUCACACAACACAAACAAAGGACGGAGGUUAUGCUUUUUACACAAUAUCCAUGAGGGAAAAAUCGUCGGGAGUACUCACAUCAGCAGUUCUAAGCAAGCCGGAGAGUCCGAAACAGUGCCUUCGCUUCUUCUACUUCGUACCCUACGCCAGUCAGUACCAUGGCCUGCUCGUGCGAAUUAUUCGAAACCUGCAACCGGAAUCAAGGGCGUCGUCACAACUAAACGUGACUACAGAGCAAAGGGAUGAAACGCUUUGGAGCCGCAAUGCAGCGUUACUGCCUAAGAGGUGGGCGCCCGCUGAAGUCAGAUAUACGGCCACGGAUAAGUACAAGCUUCAUUUUCGGUGCUAUUCCACCGUGGAAUCGGGCAACAAGUUCUUCUGCGCAAUCGAUGACGUAGAAGUCUAUCCUUGCGGCGACAAAAAAGGGGAGAAGCUAUCCUGCGGAUUUGAUGAUGGCCACCUGUGCAAGUGGCAAACAUCCAGUGAGGCGGGAGACGCCCCUUGGUUGCUCAGUGAUAUCGAGAACAGUGUCCCUGAGCUUCCACGUCAAGAUCACACUCUUGGAACAUCGCAAGGGAAGUUCAUCUAUGUGGAAAAUAAAGCGAAAAACAGCAUCCUCAAGGCCACGCUCCUGAGCCCCCCACUAGAGCCGGACUGGGUCGGGGCAGCUUGUCUGUCCUUCUGGCACUUCGCGGUUCUGGAGCACCCAAGCAGCUGCAAUCUGACAGUAUCAUCCGCCAACGAAAGUGAAUGGUGGUCGAGUUCUCAGCAAUUGAAACGUUCUUGGAGCCAAGAAGUUAUACGGAUUUGGCUACAGAAAGGCAAAGGUCAAGUGUCCAUCCAGGCCUCACUAGAAACUGCUUUGAUCGCUUUGGACGAUAUCAUUCUCUCCUACGGCCCGUGCCCUUCCGAAAAGUGGGGUCUGAGCUGCGACUUCGAGCGUGGUCCCUGCACAUGGACAAACGCUGUGAGCAAAAGGGGCAAGUCAGAGUGGUUCGUCCGCGGAGGGCAGCUGCGCUCCACUCUUCCCCGGCCGGCGUAUGACCACACGCUGGGAACUCCACAAGGGUCCUACGCAUUCCUAAGUGGUGCUCGUCCUUACGCGCCUCUGUCUGCCAUGCUGGCUAGCGAAUACGUGAACCUGAUGGCACCAGGAGUACAGUGCAUGGAUUUCUGGUUCAUAGUACGGGCUGUCGCUGGCACGAAGCUCAGGGUUCUUAUAGAAUUGACAAACUACCAAAAAAUUGGCCAAGAGGUUGUCUGGGCUGCUAGGCCCAGCAACUCCAGUGAAUGGCGUAGGGGGCAGCUGAAAAUACCCCGAAUGGGCAGGGUCAUCUUCGAAGGAGAAGUCGUAAACUCGAAAGAAAGCUACGCCGCCAUUGAUGACAUCAGCAUUGACGUGAACAGCAACUGUCGCACUAUUCCACAGGAUGCGGUCACCGGAAAGCAAGCAUAUGCACUUCUGGACUGCUCCUGGAAUGCGCCUCAGUUGUGCCAGUGGGGGAAGGUGUCAAACAUUGAUGCCUUGAAGAACUCUCGAUCCUCCCCUCCGAAGUACCUGCUUGCGCCGACCUUUGGUACAGGAGACCAACAAAGUUCGUUCAUGUACACCGCAUGCGACAAUCCGAGCUCGCCAAUCAAGACGUCUCUCCUGCAGUCUACAUUGCUCAGUCCUGGAGAUAAAUCUGUUUGCUUACGUUUCAACGUACACAUGUUUUCCGCAAUCGGGUGGCAGAUGAAUCUGAGCCAAAUUACACCGACGAAAAAGGACGUGCUCUUCUCGAGCGACGGCCAAACAACUGCGGACCGCUGGUACACAGUUAAACGAACUGUGUCCCUAAAUGUCCAACCACAUUCGCAGUUACAGUUCAGCUUCAGCAACAAGCUGUGUCAAUCUGGCGGUGUGGCUCUGGGUGACAUUCACGCUACUCCGGGGAAUUGCGGCAGCACUGACGACGGCAGAGGCUUGUGCGACUUCGAAACCGGCAUGUGCAACUGGAAAGCUAAAGGUGCUUGGAAACGUGUGCCCUUGUCAUCUGAUAAACGCAUGUUGGAGGCGAGGAGGCAGUCUGGACCCCUGUUUUCCGGCUUCUGUCUGCUGCUGAGUUCACCGCAGAACCAACCCAUCCGGGCGUCUCUCGAUAGCCCUUUGUGGUCAACAAUCAACCGCCCUCGUUUACUGGAGCUCUGGUACAUAGUGGAUGGACCGCGGUCAGCCAACUUGUCGGUGGAGCUUCAAUCUUCAUUAAGUACAACUAUGGCUGCCAUUUGGCGACUUCCGACCACGGCCCCGGUCCGCACGUGGAAUUUGGCCCGCGUUGAAAUCUCUUCACAGGAACUUAAUUUUAAGGUUGUCAUUCAAGGCAGCUUACGACGUGCAUCAGGCUAUAGGAGCUUGCUAGCCUUGGCCGACAUCCGCCUAAGUACGCACCCAAGCUCACAUGUUGCAAGCUGCAACUUCGAGGAAGACCUCUGCGGUUACAGCAGCGUGAGCGGAUCGGACCCGGGGUUCCGAUGGUUCGUCGGUAGCGGCCGCGUGAGGAAGCCUUUGCUGAAGACAUUCGUUCCUGCGCUUCCCCUGGUUGGGCUGUCCGAGGGACUUGAAGCUUCAAAGACGUUCGCUUACGUCGACACUACGGUGCCGCUUCAGGGCAGCCAAACAAAUGCGAGCGCCACACUGAGGAGCCCUGUCUUCCGUGCUGGACAAAACGACACUCUACUCCUACGUUACUUUAGGAAUGGAAACAGCACGGAGUCGUUCAUAGUGUACCAAUCAGUCUGGAACAAUGGAAAUCAAACGAGCAAGUGGGUGCAGCUGGGCUCUUUCCACGAAGGCGAUGACUGGCAGGACUUUGAAGCGCCCCUUGUUGCUGCAUCCGAGUCCCAGAUACACGUCAUGAUCACUCGGUCCAAUCAACAGACUGGUUUCGCAGCUAUUGCCAGCAUCAGCGUGGGUCACCCAAGAGCAGUUGAUCCAGAAGCGCCUUACAAGAAAGUCGGCUGUAAUUUUGAGAACGCCACUUACUGCAACUGGAGACCGGAAAGAACAAGUGGAAGCAACCUUGAAUGGAAGUUAAACGAUCUAAAACACCGUGUCCCAGUCUUUCCCAAUUUUGACCACACAACAGGGAGCUACAAAGGGCACUACGUAUACGUAGAAAGGAACAAGAGCUCUGACGUAGCAUCUGUACAGCUCAAAGGUCCUACAGUGUCGAAAGACUUGCUGAAGUCAAUGUGCUUCUCUUUCUGGUACUUCUUGCUGGUGGACGGGAAUAGCAGACGUCGCCUGGCGCAGCUCAACACCACGGCUAGUAGCAUGGACACACGGCCAAGUACAAUUUGA